AUGCCCACUCCUCCAGCUUCCUCGAAUGCCAGUGAUCAACAAGAUUCCCUAGACCUGAAGCCUCCGGCAGAGGACAUACAGUCGCAAGACCAGAAUUCGAAUCCCCCUCAAAAGCCCCAGAAAUCACGUCAUAGAGCUUCAGUAGCAUGCGCUUCUUGCCGAGAUCGCCGAAUUCGCUGCGUAGUUCCUCCAGGUCAAAAGGAGUGUACACAGUGCAAGCGAUCGGGAGUGGAAUGUGUUAUCAAGAAUGACGAUGAGCGAAGGAGGCCAAUCUCAAGGGCCUACAUGUGCUCACUUACGGAGCGAGUAGCUCUACUAGAAACCAUGCUGAAGGAGCGGGGCACUGAGCCACCUCCCGCAAACCAUCCCCCAAAGACUCGACAUGGCCUUCCACAAGAUCCCGAUCCUUCUCCGACCCGAAAAGCAGUAGAAGGACAUAAUCAGCAGCAAGAGCAAUCCAGCCCGGGAAGCCAGCCUAGCCCACAAGACGAAUUUGUUGACAUGGACCACAAUGACCAAGAUAGCAGUAGCCACCAGGGAGAAUGUGACAACGCAGGAUCUCCCUCGAUACUUUCAGCGCCGAAGAAGGACGGGAUGGUAAGCAGGCUGCUGUCUACUAGAGGACAUUUAAGCUUCGACCAACUGAGCGGCCGACUACGGUAUUUUGGCCCCACAACAAAUUGCCACGUUCAUUCGGAACUCGGAAACCCUAUGGACAUGCAACCAGAGUCCACAGAACAAGCUAGGAGAGCCGAAAAGAUAAUCAGGUCUCUGCCCAUGGAAACCUACGAUUAUCUGAUGGACUUGUUCUGGCAGUGUUAUAACCCGGUAAUCCAUGUACUACACCAAGAAGCGUUCAAUGAGGAUCAUGAAGCCGCUCGAACUCAGUUCUACUCUGGAUUUCUCCAUGUUUGCGUGCUAGCCAUGGGUUUCAGAUAUGCGGUCAAGGAACGACCCGACAUUCAGAAGAUUUCUCUUCCCAGUAUGGAGAGCACACUUCACCGGGAGGCAAAGUAUAUGCUAGAUCAUGAGCUUGAGAGACCAGGAGGGAUCCCAUCAGUAGUAGCUCUCCUACUACUUGGGGAUCUGGAAUGUGGAGUUGGCCGGGACAAUCUGGGCUGGCUAUAUGGAGGCCUCGCAGUCAGACUUGCCUUUGAUAUUGGGCUUCACCUUGAUACUAGAUCAUCUGGUCUUCCCGAACGCGAGGUGGAGAUUCGACAAAUGACAUUGUGGGCGUGUGUUAUUUAUGAUAAGUACUGGGCCCUCUUCCUCGGACGACCGACAAGUAUGAAAAGUGCCGAUCUUGAGAUAUAUUCCCUUUCCAAACAGUUCGAACGUCUCGGGACAUGUCGCCCGGCUGGGCUUGAGAAGAGCAUGGAGACACAAAUAUAUGAAGCACUGCUCGAUCUCAUGGAACUGGCAGGCAAAAUUACGGAGAACAUGGAUCCUCGAUCGCAAAGUCCGGAUUCAGCUAUCAAUCGGAAUCAGUAUCUCCGCAUGGCUGCACUUGACCGGGAGUUCAGCCACUGGUAUGCGAGGCUGCCAGAACCGCUUCGCUGGACACCAGCCAAUAUCGCUGCGGCGCCUUUUUCUUUCUUUUUAUUGCAUCAGCAAUACCACUCCUCUCUAAUUCUUCUCCACCGGCCAUUUGCCAUGUACGAAGACCACGGCCAUCAAAACUACGAAGGUAGUGGUCCGGAUGAUCACUUUUCUGCUCUGUCUCGGACAGUCUGCACCAAGCACGCCAUUAGGGUGGCAAGGAUUUUCUGGCAACACCGUCAGCGUUUCGACACUAGACAGAUCUUCAUCACAGGCCUUCAACAUGCGGGGACCGCAGCUACUGCUCUCGUGGCGGCUCUCGCAUUCAUAAAAGACCCCGCUGACCGAAGCAACAACAUGCAAUACCUCGAAUGCCUGUCGGCUGCUCUACAAGAUAUGGCGUAUACAUACCAGCCUGCAGAACGCAUGUCUACUGUUCUACGAGCAGUUAUGGUGGAACUACGAGGCGGGCCUGUCGAGAACAACUUCAAGCUCUAUAAACCAAAAUCAGCACUCGUACCCGCUCGCCGCGGCUCUACAAAUGAUACAUCCGAUCCACCCAUGUUCAAGCGUCGACAAACCUCUCGUCCGCGAGAAAAUACCGGCAGUGCCAAGAAGAACCGUUCAACCAGCAUGAGUACCAGCAUCACCAACAUAGAUCUCUCCAUCAAGCCUCCUCCACCUCCCCACCGCUUCGAUGCCGAAACUGAGCGCUCGGACGGCUUCAUCAUGGUAACACCUCGCUCUGAAAUCUCCUCCUGGCCCAACCUCGAAACGCCCAUCGACGCCCCUCUCACCACCCCCUCUACACUCAGCACGUCCGGCCCUCGAAAUGCCUGGAUGGGUGCCGAACUCGAUCCCUUAGACAGUAUCUCACAGCUUGCCAAUGCGCAUUUCCCUACAGAGAUGCAAGCAUUGGAAGCAGGUACCGGAGAGAACAUGAGCCAUCUGGAUUAUAUGAACCUGGGAGAUGGGAAUGAGUGGAGUAGGGAGUGGAAUGCCCAGGGAGGUGCGAGUGUUGGGAGCGAUUUGGAUGGGUUCCCACCGCAGAGCAAUGGCGGCUUUGGAGUUGGAGCGUUUGGAGGGGAGAGGUUUGGGGGUAUGUUGUCCGGGUGA